CGUGACUUCCCCGAGUUGAAAGGGUGCCCAGUCGGAGAGUUCAGCUGCCCAGUCCAAACCGGAGCAAAGCCGCAUCUCUUUCUCAAAGAACCAAGAAUUACCAGAUCUACUCUCAACCAAACAAAACAACCAACGAACGAACAAGAAAACCCAACAGAGAGAACGAUAGGACAAGCGACUCUUCAAUCAACCCGCAGCCUCAUCAUCCAAUGUCUUCCUGGGCCUCAUGGCUACUCGGCCGCGGAGCCAGCUCGGGCAAUCAACGGGACAAGGCCCGUGAGACGAUAGUCGAACUACGCCAGCAUCUGAUAAUGCUAGAGAAGAAGGAAGACCACCUCAAUAAGAAAAUUGAAGACGAACUUCGCAAAGCAAAGGCCAACGCAUCUACCAAUAAACGCGCAGCUACCGCCGCUCUCCGACAGAAGAAACUGUACGAACAGGAGCUCGACCGUCUGGCCGGUCGUCGAAUGACCUUGGAGACCCAGGUCAAUGCGAUUGAAUCAGCAAAUAUGAACUUGGAGACCAUGCAAGCCAUGCGUCGUGGGGCCGAUGUAUUGAAGGGCAUCCAUGGCAAUCUCAAUAUCGACAAGGUGGACGCAACGAUGGACUCCAUUCGAGAGCAGAUGGACUUAACCAAUGAGAUUUCGGAUGCGAUCUCGAACCCAGUCGGCAUGGGCCAAGAACUGGAUGAGGAUGAGAUCAAGGCAGAGUUGGAAGAGCUUGAACAGGACGAGUUAAAGAGCCGACUGGUGGGCGCAGACAGUGUUCCAUUGCAUUCACCCGGCCAAACCGAGAGGCCCGUCGCCGCACGGACGGUUGCUCAGAGACAGCAAGAAGAAGACGAAGAUGCCGAGCUCAAGGAGCUGCAAGCCGCUUUGGCCAUGUGACCCCAGACACCCGUCUCUUGUUCUCCCAAUCCUGACUCUCUAUCUCAUCUCCGGCUAACAAUGGUUUGUAUGACAAUCAACAUCGCUUCUCGGUGUAUCUUCAACCAAGAUGGAAUUUCUUUCAUCGAUAUGAGUUUCCUUUCUUUUCUCUUUCGCUCGUGUAUGACUGCUGCUUUUUCAUUUACUUGAUUGUUAUUUUCCUAAUUGAAUCUAUCCUAUUCCUCAUACUCGCCCUUUCAAUUCCACUUCCAUCUAUAUAUCACCCACUAUAUCAUCAAUAUUUCAACCGUUCAUCUAUCCCGUUGCAAUUUUCUCUCCUGGGGAAUAUCAGAAAUCAAACAAAACAUCCAAAGCCCGUAUUGCGUGUUUAUGUAUUUCUCUUGUUGUACAAUUUUCAUUUCUUUUGUUCCUUUUUAUUAUAUAUAUAACUAACUCUUUGAUGAUCAUCUCUUUGUGUUCAUGAGAAGCUAGUGCUGUCUUCUUGGGAUCACAAAGACGCAGACUGUGUCUGUUGCCCUAACCUACUAACAGAAACCGACAAACACCGGCAGAAGUUGUA